AUGGAUGGUACUGAAGGUUUAUCCAGAGGUGUCCCAGUCCUGGACACUGGUGCUCCAAUUUCUGUCCCAGUCGGUCGUGAAACUUUAGGUCGUAUUCUUAACGUUGUUGGUGAACCUAUUGAUGAAAGGGGACCAGUGAACGCUAAGAAGAGAGCUCCAAUUCACGCAGAACCACCAUCUUUCGUUGAGCAAUCCACUUCAGCUGAAGUUUUAGAGACUGGUAUUAAGGUUGUCGAUUUGUUGGCUCCUUACGCUAGAGGUGGUAAGAUUGGUUUAUUCGGUGGUGCUGGUGUCGGUAAAACCGUCUUUAUCCAAGAAUUGAUCAACAACAUCGCCAAGGCUCACGGUGGUUUCUCUGUUUUCACAGGUGUUGGUGAAAGAACCAGAGAAGGUAACGAUUUGUACCGUGAAAUGCAAGAAACUGGUGUCAUUAACCUUGAAGGUGACUCCAAGGUGGCCUUGGUCUUUGGUCAAAUGAACGAGCCACCAGGAGCUAGAGCUAGAGUUGCUUUGACUGGUUUGACCAUUGCUGAAUACUUCAGAGAUGAAGAAGGUCAAGAUGUCUUGUUGUUCGUUGACAACAUUUUCAGAUUUACCCAAGCAGGUUCAGAAGUGUCCGCUUUGUUAGGUCGUAUCCCAUCUGCUGUCGGUUAUCAACCAACAUUGGCUACGGAUAUGGGUUUGUUACAAGAACGUAUUACUACUACCAAGAAGGGUUCAGUUACUUCUGUCCAAGCCGUCUAUGUCCCAGCUGAUGAUUUGACCGAUCCUGCCCCAGCUACUACUUUCGCGCACUUGGAUGCUACCACUGUGUUGUCUAGAGGUAUUUCUGAAUUGGGUAUUUACCCAGCUGUCGAUCCAUUGGAUUCUAAAUCUAGAUUGUUGGAUAUCGCAGUCAUUGGUAAAGAGCACUACGAUGUAGCAACUAAUGUCCAGCAAACCUUACAAGCAUAUAAGUCAUUACAAGAUAUCAUUGCUAUCUUGGGUAUGGAUGAAUUAUCCGAAUCUGAUAAGUUGACCGUCGAAAGAGCUCGUAAGAUCCAAAGAUUCUUAUCUCAACCAUUCGCUGUUGCCGAAGUUUUCACCGGUAUCAAGGGUAAGUUGGUUAGAUUGGAGGAGACCGUCAAGUCAUUUAAGGAAGUCUUAGAAGGUAAAUACGAUCACUUACCAGAAAACGCUUUCUAUAUGGUUGGUGGUAUCCAGGAUGCCGUUGAAAAAGCUGAUAAGUUAGCUGCUGAAUCCAAAUAA